AAAGACCUGCUGAUUAAGGUGAUCUGGACAAAUCAACGUGUAAAAGUGGAAUUUACAAGAUCUUCCCUCUUAAAACUUCUGGAUUCAAGGUUUUCUGCGAAAUGGAAAAACAUGGUGGGGGAUGGACUGUUUUUCAACGUAUAAUGAACGGAAAGAUCGACUUUUAUAGAGACUGGGACUCUUAUCAAAAAGGAUUUGGUAACAAGUGUGAAGAAUACUGGAUGGGUAACGACAAUCUACACCUUCUUACAUCUCAAGGGAAAUACAAAAUGAGAAUUGAUAUGGAAGACUUCGAAAACAACCGAAAGUAUGCCCUGUAUGGGAAGUUCGGUGUUGGUAGCGAAGGUUCUGGUUAUAUUUUGAGUGUUAGUGGUUAUUCCGGCGAUAUAAGUACCAUAUUAAUUAUAUUAUCAGGAGACUCGAUGGCUGUUCAUAACGGACAGAAAUUCUCCACAAAAGACAAAGAUAACGACGAAUAUGGCAAAUCAUGCGCAGUUGAGUUCAAGAGAGCCUGGUGGUAUCAAACAUGUCACCAUAGCAACCUGAAUGGUCUCUAUCUGAAAGGGGAGCAUAAAUCAUAUGCUGAUGGCGUCGAAUGGAAUCACUGGAAGGGUCAUAACUACUCACUGAAAGAAACAAUUAUAAUGGUCCACAAAGCCUAG